GCCAAAAACUCCACUGCUUUCAUCAACUCCGGCGACUUGGAGAAGACGAAGUUCCAGAAUCCGAUCGGAAGUUUGGUGCUCGCGCCUUGACGGAUUGAUUUCGGUGCGCCGAUGGGGCAGGCGUUCCGCAAGCUGUUCGAUUCCUUCUUCGGCACCAGCGAGAUGAGGGUUGUGAUGCUUGGUCUGGAUGCUGCCGGUAAAACCACCAUAUUGUACAAGCUGCAUAUCGGGGAGGUUUUGUCGACUGUUCCCACGAUUGGUUUCAACGUCGAGAAAGUUCAAUACAAGAAUGUGAUGUUUACUGUGUGGGAUGUUGGUGGCCAAGAAAAGUUGAGGCCCUUGUGGAGGCACUACUUCAACAAUACUGAUGGCUUGGUAUGUUUUAUUGCUAAAAUGAUAUUGAUCUGUACUCUACUUUGUAAUUGUUCUGCUUGAUGAGUUGGGUUACUUAUGUUUGUCUUGGUGAGUUUAUGGGGAUACUCCUGAAAGUAUUUUGUAAUGUGUCAAGCUCAUCCCUGGUAAUCUUCAGGGCAGUUACCGUUUCCCUUCAAUGAAAUAUUAUUCUACAUCCAUUGCUGCUUUUCUUCCUUGAGAUAACAUUUUAAAUUCCAGAGUUUUGUUGGGUUUAUGAUUAUGACCAGUUAUACAUGGUAACUCUUUAUGCACGUUUCGAGUUGUAGAUCUACGUAGUUGAUUCGUUGGAUCGGGAGAGAAUUGGAAAAGCCAAAGCUGAAUUUCAGGCAAUAAUCAAAGAUCCUUUGAUGCUUAACAGUGUAAUACUGGUACUUGCCAAUAAGCAAGAUAUGAAAGGGGCAAUGACACCAAUGGAGGUGUGUGAGGGUCUUGGCCUCUACGAUUUGAAGAACCGCAUCUGGCACAUCCAAGGUUCUUGUGCGCUCAAAGGUGAUGGCCUUUAUGAGGGCUUGGACUGGCUGGCAAGCACACUGAAGGAAUUGCAAGCUUCAGGUCGCCUACCUUCUGGAGGGACAUCGUUGUUCUAAGUAGCAAGCCUGCCUGUAAGAUCCUUCGGCUGAUAGCAGUAAUAAUGGAUCAAGAGCGUUUUUUUUGUCAUGGAUACAAACUCAUCCCUCGGGAUUUCUUGUCAGUGAUCUAACCUAUGAUAUUGAUCUUGUAAAUUCUGUUACUAGUUCAUACAAAGCUAACCGGCGGAUGCAUGUUACAUAUGAGAAUUGAGGAGUCAACUUCCACAUGCUAUUAUUGUAAGCAUUUCUGUAAACUGAAGUUGGCAAACACAAAUUAUCCCAACAUAUUGGUUGCCAUU